ACAUAGUAGUAGGUAGUUAAUGAGCUCUUCAUAAGUGCGUUUGCUUCGAAUAUGCUUUCUUGAAAUACUCACGCGUACUUCUCAUUAAAACAUUUUGAUUUGAAAUGAUCUUUAAACUGACUUGAAUGCAAGAACACCUUAUCGCAUUCUGCUGAUAGGUGGAAAGGCCCAAGUUUCGUUUUAUCUACUUUGUUUCCUUGUGUCGUGGUUAUAGGUUAUAGUGUGCAGCUCGAUCGCGAUGCAACAAACAAGUGAAUGUGAAAACCGCAUUGUAAAUCUGUUCUAUACACAAAACAUAGCGAAAAAUUUGUUGUGGUGUGCCAACGUGAAUUUCUUUAAUUAACUUCUUUGUUUCCAUAAUUUUGAGUUCGCGAUUCUAUCGUAUAAUGUGCAUGUGUAAGCGAUUAGUUCGUGUGUAUGAAACUCCCUAUUCGUCGUGACUAGUUCAAUUUUAAACUGUAGUGCAAAUCAAUAUGGAGGAAACUACAGUUAACCUGAUGUUGGAUGCGACGAAAUCAGCGAAAGAAGUGUAUCAUUCGCUUAUGACGACCGUCGUUAUGGAUGAUACUGAAUUCUUGUCCUCCGAGCAGUUAGCAAACAAACACAUUCAGUGUGUAGAACAGGCAUUGGAAAUAUUCCAAAUACAUUGUGGAAAAAAUCAGCUAAUUGAAGAUGCCGCGAAAGCGAAACUGCUACAGUACUUGGACGCUGCUCAACAUAAAUUCGAAAUGCUGAAUAAUCUAAAAUCGAACGCCAUCAAUCGAUUAGCAGUUGCUGAAGCUAGAGUGAUUUAUAUUCAGCGCGUAGCAGAUUGUGGUAAAUUAUCCAAAAAUCAGUAUCAACUCAAGCACGAAAGAUGCGAAGAAAUUGCAUCCGGAGAAUUCAAACGCAUCGCCUCACGAGGAGCUAAAAAUUAUGAAUACGAAAAAAAUGUACUUAAGUUCAUUAGUUCCUGUCAAGAAUCAAUUAACGCCUCCAAACAAAUCGAAAAAGAAGUCAAUUUUCUUCUAGCUUUGGCAUUGGCAAAACGAAGAUACAAUGAACUCAUGGAAGCGGAUUGUAGACGUGCUGAGCCAUGUUUAUCCACCAAAGAAUUAAAGAGCGAACACGAAAAGAAUAUGAAAAAAUCAUUGGAAGUGUUCAGAAAAAAAUUCCAAUCAACUGUAAACGAAUCGCUGAAAUAUGAAAAUUUAUGUCGAGAAGAGAUUGACGUUGAAUACAACGAUUUUGAAAUUUCCAAUGAAGGAAAAGGAGAUGCUAAUUCGUUGAUAGCCAUCAUACUUGCAAAAGACGCCUGUGAUCAACACUUGAAAAAAUCUUCCGAAGGCAAUGAAUCACACUUGAGCUACGCAGACCUAAGAGACCUGUGUAGGAAAUGCGAGCAUAGCGCCUUUGAACAGCUCCAGGAAAAUUUUACCCCUGGAUUAAGUUCUGAAUUUAAGAAAAAACGAAGCGAGCAAUUGAAUAAGUACAUUGAAUACAAGUGCGAUACGUUUGCCCGGAUCAAUAGAGAAAAUGCUACAGCCACAGCUUCAGAGUACGCGUUUGCUGCAAGGAGAAUGUACCGAGAAAGUAUGGAAAAUGCUUUGGAUCGAACUGAUGUACCGUAUUUGAGCACUGUUGAACUGGAAGAGGAACACAGGAGGCAUGAAGAGAUUUCUAUUCGCCAUUUGAGAAGCCACGUGAUGGAGGAAGGAUUUUCAAGAUGGGCUAUGAUCGAACUGAAAGAUAGUAUCAGCUACUUUUAUGAAAGUUGCAAAUUGCGCAACAAAAUUGCGGCGAUAAAAACUUGUCGUCCACCCUACUUGAAUGCACUCGUGAUGUAUCAUCAGCACAUGUUGGAGACUUAUAGACGCGGUCCUGCUGGUUCAUUCGAUCCGGUGACAGAAAAUCGUAGAUGUAAGGAAGAAGCCUUGGAGCAGUACAGAAGUAGCAUCAACAAAAACGACAAAUUCUUCCAGACAUAUGAAACCAAAUUGAUAGAGGAUAUCGACACGAGUUACCACCGUCUCCUUUCGAAUGGAAAUAUGUUGAAUAUCCUGAUCUUUCAAUGGACCACAGCGCUAUUAAAAAAAAGUUAUCUCGAGUUCGAGUCCAAGAAUUUCAAAAACUAUGAAUGUAAUCAUGGGGAACGUUUACGCGCAGCUCAUUCGAAGUUUCUACUUCUAAAUAGCAAGAAUAACCGGUGGAUUGAAUUUAAAGAAGCAAUUGUAGAAGAUUUAUAUUGGUUCGAAAAUCUUGAUUAUUUAAAAAAUCGAUUUGAGAAUAUUGGUUAUGAUGUGAUCGAUGGUAUUAAGCGCGAUUUUUUGGAUCUCAAUUUCCAAGUCAUUGUACACAAACUGGAGAUGAAAGCGAUCAACACCCUUAAUUCCUAUUUUCACGAUGGCGCCUCUUAUGUUUCAUAUUAUGAAUUAUCAUCUAAUGAGAAACUUGAGCGCAGAUUAUUCAUUGUAGCCUGCAUAAUUUUUGUAACAUUGCCGGUUGCUGGAUUUCCUCCAGUGAUAACUGUGUUGAUUACGGCCAUCAUAGUAUUCCUUAUGCUCUGGGUCACAUUACAGAAAAAAAUACCUACUUUUUUAAAUUCAUUUCAAUGUUUGUAAAAAUUGACGGCAUUUGCUUAUUGGCUGGAAUAAAAACAUUUAAUUAGGUUGGCCCUACUCAUUAGCUCUGUAAGUGUUAUCAAAGUCGCAUUUACACCGCACAAUCGAUUUUUCACCUUGGAGAAUUUUAUUUAAAUUUAGUAAAGAAACCACAAAUGCGUGUUCUAAAUAAAAAUAGCUGCGAUGUGAUUUUUUUGUUUGAUAUUUCAAUAAUUAGUUACCUACGUAUAGUGCAAUUAUUCAUUAUAAAUUUGGUGUUUCCUUAUCGAUAAACAAUAAACAUAGAUACCUAUAGGUACUUAUAUUUUACA